UUAGAUGCAACACUUCGAGAGCUUGCUUCUUUGGUGAAACAGGUUAAUCCAGAAUCCCGUCGACGUGGCACAAUUUUCGAUUUUGCCCUGGUCUCUCCAGACGUUCGUUCGCCAUCCUACAGAAUGCGUGAACUGGGUGCAGUUUGCUCCGGAUUUCCUUCCGACACGGAUCGAAUCAUGCUUAAGGACUGUCAGUUUGUUAUCGGGGACAUGAUUGACGUGGCUAUCACUCCACCGGCAUCUGAGGCAUCUUAUCCGCAUCCUGCGGAAGUUGGCCCGGUCGAUUCUAUACGCACCGUCAGACGUGGUUCUCCUCUGGGUGCCCUACCGUACGGCCGUGGUAUGGUCCGUCGCACCGGUGAAUUCGGUUCACGAAAUACGGCCCGGUAUGGUCGUCCGUUUGACGGCCCUUAA